ACACAGACUCAGUUUGAUUUUAGACCUUCGACGAGUUAGAACUUAGAACGGAAAUAAUUUUGCAGCGUUUUAAAUUUGAUACGAAAUAGAAAAUAAGUAGACAAUGAAACUAAUAAAAAUAUUUUCCAUUAUUUGUAUAACACUUUUACAAAUAUGCGUUGUUUGGGGAGCCAAUAUGGUUUGCUAUUUGGAUACGAGUCGGGUAACAGAUGUCCAACAAACCAUUACCGAAAUCGAUCCCGCAAUGCAAUUCUGCAAUUAUCUCAUCUACGGCUAUGCCGGUGUCAAUUCGGAAACAUUUCAGCUGAAAAACCUUGAUCGUGGUCUCAACUUUGACCUGUAUCAUGCAGUGACUGCACUGAAACGCAAACAUCCCCAUUUACGGGUUCUCUUAUCAGUUGGCGGAGAUCGUGACAUACCCUCCGAUUUGGAUGAGCCAAACAAAUAUUUAAUGCUAUUGGAAAACAUUGCCCAUCGCAAUGCCUUCAUCAACAGUGCCCAGAGUUAUGUCAGUACGUACGGGUUUGAUGGCCUUGACUUGGCAUGGCAAUUUCCGAAAAAUCACCCCAAAGAAUUCCACUCGGGUAUUCGCAGGGCUUGGCAUAAAGUAAAGGGGUGGUUUAAGAGCAAAAAGGUCGUUGAUGAAAAGGCGGAGGAGCAUAAGGAGCAAUUUGUAACCUUCUUACGGGAGCUGCAGCAGAGUUUGUCAUCGAAGGGAGCAAUGUUGACACUAACCAUGCUGCCACAUGUUAGUGCUGAGCUAUUCAUCGAUAUACCGCAAGUGAUGCCAUAUUUGGACUUUGUCACCCUAUCGACUUUUGAUUUCCUCACACCGUUUAGAGAUCCCAAGAUUGCUGAUUACACUGCUUCCAUCUAUCCGCUGUACGAACGUGAUCCUGCUCAAAGUGCCGAUUAUCAGAUACAAUAUUGGCUCAAUAACACUUCGCAAAUGGGCAAACUUGUUAUGGGUGUCCCAGCCUAUGGCAGAGUUUGGGUUAUGGAUAAAGAUUCGGGUAUUACUGGUUAUCCACCCAUACAUGCUGCGGGUGCUGCACCGGCGGGUAAUUUGACAGAGACUCCAGGAUUUCUUAGCUAUCCGGAAAUAUGUGUAAAAUUGCAUAAAAAUCGUGAUUUAAAGGGUGAUGCUGCUCCCGUUUUCAAGGUGGGAGAUCCUACCAAGCGUUUUGGCACCUAUGCCUAUCGGGAUGCCGAUGAUAAUGGUGAAUAUGGUCUGUGGAUAUCGUACGAGGAGCCGGCCACGGCGGCGAAUAAGGCCAGUUAUGCUCAUGUGAGAGAUCUGGGUGGAGUGGCAUUAUUCGAUUUGACCACCGAUGAUAAGUUGGGCGUUUGUGGUGAGGGCAAAUAUCCCAUUUUGAGAAGCAUUAAAUUUAAGUUGUAAAUGAAACUCAAGGGAGUGAGAUGAUUUUUUAAUGUAAUGUUAUUAAUAUAAAUAAAUGGAACCAAUUUUAUGAAAAAUAA